AUGACCUCUCUAAACCAUAGCAAUAACUUGUGCCUUGUCACCCUUCACUUCCCCUCUUCCACCUCUUGCCACUGCCCUAACCAUGGGAUUGUCUACUCUGACCUUGACAGGCUGUGUGACGGGGUGAUGGGAUUUUUGUAUCAGGUGCUUAAAGAUGUCAGCGAGAAACAGCCUUACGAAACAGGUAAGAAAUUUAUAGAUACAUUAAUUAAUGAUCAUUUAGAGCCUAAUUUGAAUCUAGGUCACGAUGGUUUUUGCAAGGCGUUUCCCACAUUAAGCCUGAACGUCGACAGGUACAAUAAGCAAGUGAAGUCGUCGAAUGAAAGCAUUAAGAAUAAAAUAAAGAAUUUCGGUAGAGAAAUGCAGCAACUUAACAAAACGGUAAGUGAAAUUUCAAUUGAUAAUUCUCUUGCAGAUGACGCCGAGCAAAGUGGACUGAACGAGGACUUGGUGAAGAAGAGCUUGGCAGAUUGUCAGCGGAAAGCUGAAAACUUCACUAAUGACUUAGAUGUCCAAAAUAGCCACAAUAGCAACAAAGACGCAAUUAAUGAUUUUAACGAAAAGUUGCGUGACAAAAUUGUGAGUGUCCAUCAGACGCUGGUGCAUGAAAAAAAUCGGCUGAGCGAGUUAGCGAAAAAGGAGGAAGAGAAGUUGGCGGCGACUAAGGAUAAGAUUACUGCCACUCUUGAUGGCGUCAAAAGCAAGGUCAACGAUCACAUUUGCAAGGAAGUAAAUACUCUUGUCACGCACUUCACGAAAAAAAUUCAGGUCAUUUUGCAGAAGCUCAACGAUAUCAAUGGUCAGCUGAAGACAUACAUCGGUGAGCUGGAAAGGUGGAUCAGGGAUGCGGAGAGUUCCGUCAUUACUGUCCAAGGGCAUUUGGAUAUCAUACUGAAAGAGUUUGAUAAGGAGGAUAAGAGCAUUAAACCGGAGAAAAUACGUGAAGAAGCCAAGAAGCUACAGUCAGCGGGCGAUAACCUGUUUGCGCUUGCGAGAGAGGCGAAGAAUAAAGUAAUCGAGGAGGUGAAAACAGCGCUUGAGGCUGUAAGAACGAUGGACGGGGAAUUGAAAGAGGAUCUGUAUAAGGUGAAGCAGGCAAUUGAAGGGCAGGUAAAGGAGAUUAAAAGUAAUAUAGGGGAACUCGGUAGAAAAUAUAUUAGUGUUGGAGACACUGCUAAAACUCUGGAAGAGAUAUUCGUAAAGUUUAGGGAUCAGGUUAAGAAAAUUCAUGGAGGGCCAAGGAACGAAAGUGGUAUUGGUGCAAUGAAAAGUAAAACAAACAGUUAUGGCGCGAGUUUCACAAUGAAUUUUUGGGGUGACGUUUUAAAAAAAUGGUUGGACGAUAUUCUGGGAACGGAGCCUACGAGAAGGGGUGAACCGCGGAAAAAAGGGUAUCUUGAGGAUUAUCUCACUGUGUAUGCUGGGGGCUAUGUCAAGAAUAAUACAGAUGUGAAGUUUAACUCCGGUAAAAACCGUGAAGAUGAAAUCAUCAAAGUUCUUAAGGAGCAGAUAGAAAAAAAAUUCACGGAAGAGGCAUCUGAGGCCGGUGAUCUGAUUAAUCAAAAAAUUAGAGAAGCCAAAGGCGCCGCUCAGAAAAACCUUGAAGCUAUCCAGAGUGGUUGCAAUGUUUUUGCCACGAGAAUAGGUGAGAAGCUUCAUACCAAGGUUGCAGAGAUUGUUGGAGCAGUAGAAGAUGUACUUGUGGGAAAUAGGCAAGGUGCCACUAAAAAAAAUGAUCUAUUAUACGCGGUCGAAGUAACGCUCCUAGUGCUUCACUCAAAAGUCAGGCAAGCUGCUAAAGAACUCCACUCAUUCGCCCUCGACCCCAAAGUGUCUAGUAAGCCUGAGACCAGUAUAGCAGCUUACUUGGACGACGCGUUUGCUGUGGCUGAUGAGUUCUACGAUAACCUCAAAACGUCACUUAAAGAUACUGCUGCACAGAAUAAAAACCACGUCAAAGCCGUGGACAAUGCUAUCUCGGCAAUAAGCGCUGUGACUACCAAGCACAUCGGGACUGAUCCGUUAACAGGUGGCGGCGAUUCGAUCGAUAAAAUAUCUGGUCUCGGUGAAGCAGGGUUUUUGAAAUAUAAAAUGCAAGUUAAAGAAGACAGUAUAGCCACAUCCGCCGGCGACAUAGAAAACCUAGAUGGAACCCUUCCUAAAGCGAUCAAGAACAUUAGGGAUGAAAUUAAAGCUAUUUUAAAAAUGAUCGAACCUGAAAAAACCCUCACCGGUGGCACAGAUGAGAUAAACGCUGAAACCUUUAACGAUCCAUUCAAAAAAAUAACCGACGACCUGGAAUCCCUGUGCACGACCAUCAGAGAGGUUGGAGGCCACGCCCGAGACAACCUAAGACUUUUGAAGAAUACGUAUUUUAGCGAAACAUCAAAUCUCAGAGGUAGUAUAUACAAAAUCAAGCAAGAUCUCACCGAUCUGCAGAAGAGUUUGGAGACUGGUCUGAUUAAAACUACCACGGAUGUCUUGAACGGCAUGAUUCCAACUCGAGACGCCACCAUCACGUUGCUUGACAACCAAGUUCAACAGGAGGUUAAGAUUGCUAGGAACGCUCUAAACAUCCACGCGCAGAAGCAGUACAUUGAGUCACUGAAAGAGCUGCUGACGGCAUUCUCUCGAAAGGUCCAAAAGGAACUCGAACUUUUGCCGAGAGACAUUUCACGUGACUUAACCCUUGGUUUCAAAGGUUUUAUGACGGCAUUUGAACGGGAUUUCAUUACUAACGAAAAGUCAAUUAGAGGUAUUAGAGACAUGAACCCUAAGUUCACACCUCAAAAGGAGUCCCUGCUAAGCCAGGCUGCUUCCAAAUUCUUCGGUAGCGUCAACAGAUUUCUGCAUGAUUUGCAUAAACAGCAGGACUUUACGACGGACUUUGAGAAAAUUCAGCCAACGCGUGAGGCGCUAGCUAAGUUGUUUGGAGAACUUGUCGGUUCACAACACUUCGAUCAUGUCUUCACCAAAAACCUCGAUGCCCUCAAUAAUGCCAUCACCUCCUUCAAGCCCGCUACCUACGGCGAAGCCAAGUGCCCCUCACUCCUCAAUGCUCUUAAAGCUGGCUUCACCCCUCUCGUCAAAGAGCUCAAGAAGGCAUACGUUUCAACGUAUUCUUUGAGGACCAUCGAAUGGGAGAAACUCACCGAGGCGGAAAGUAGAAACUACGCCAAAAUCUGUUGGACCAUCACGCCCAUCUUAUACGACGCUCUAACUGAACUCAAGAAUAGACUUGAAUACAGCGGUUGGGAUGGCCACAAAAUCUAUCACCCAGCUGACGGCACCUCAAGCCUCCACGCUCUCUUCUUCCGCGACAACGGGUAUGACGUCCGUCGUCCUGAGAACGCUGAGCACGGCGAGCUGAAUCACAGACAAGACUUCAAUGGUAGCAGCAUUCUCAAACACCUAAACAAUAAAACGCAUAAUUUGUUCAGUCAUCUGUCAUCUCCCGUCACCGACAUUCCUCAAUCGACAUCCGGGUCGGACGAGCUUGAUGUAACCAUCGCGGAGGAAAGUGGUCUCAUCCGAAAACUCUAUGAUUUCUUAAAGACGUACUUCAGAGUCUGCCACCUUACCCGUGUUGACAAACCCAGGGCUCCGUGCUCCGUUUACGAAAUUCUCGUCUGGUGCAACGGUCUGCAGUUCAACCCCGUGUACGGCAAACUGAUGAAGCACAUUGAGUCUGAGUUCAUGAAGGAGGACAAGCUGAAUCCAGGUUCAAAGAAGCUGCAGCCUUUCGAUGCGCACCCAUCUCGCUUCCAUCACACUGACGUUAACGAAUAUCUGUACAAGGUCUCAUCUGACUCCCACGCCGUCCUCACCGCUAUCCUAGGCCACGGUCACAAGGACGGAAUUUACGCCUGUGAUUUCUCCAGCAACUCGCUGAAAUUAGAUUACCCUACCAGCAUGAUUCAGCUGCUGUGUACGUUGUUCGACCUGCUCAAGCGCCUCUACCACCAGCUGUACUUCCUGAUGCAGCAGUGUCAACUUACAACUCAGCUCAGCGGCUGGAGGGAGUGCCACUACGGCAGGUACAUCGGUGGGUCCGGCUGGCAGUGCAACACGAAGCAAUGCCCUAAGCAAGACUGCGACCAAAGGCACGACCAAAGUGGCAACCAAACGGGUGGGCAAUAUCCCAACUGCGGCGUCACGUCGCCACUGCAAUCGUUCUUGGAGGACGGUUUGAAGGGCCACCUGCCGCAUUCGGUGAUAGCUAGGGGAUCGAGUCUGUCAUGUAGCACGUGUGGUAAUUCACCUGGUAUGCCGUGCAGAACUCCGAUGGGCUUCGCUGACAUCAGUGCCAUCGCGUCGCAUACGAUGAUAGGCCGGAAUAUAUGCGAGGUGCUUUACGAUUUCUGUGGCCGUCCUAACUCCCCUCUCACAAGGCUGUGCAGUUACCUCAACUGCCUUUUGCCUAGUGCGCCGAAAACGCUGGCGGACAUGUUCAGCUUCUACCAUCACCUCACCGAUCGCUGGGGUAUGCACGGUAACAAACACAAGAAAGAGGCAUUUGAGGAGAAAGUUAAAGCAGCUAAUUUCGGACGUCAGUAUAAUGAGCUGAACGUCUACCACUUAUUUACCCCUAGUCACUCGGCAUUGAAGAAGGGCCACUCCGAUGGUAGCCUGGGCAGUCUCGUAUGCUUAUCAAGGGAAGCCAUCGUAUGCGGUCCUUAUCUGCGUCCCAUCAGUCACACCAUCUACGAGACGUUCUCGUCAGAACACGCCGAUAAGUAUCUGUCCUGGAUUGUCUAUCUGACGGCAUCGUUCUACGAUCUGCUGAAGAAACUGUAUGAUGAGUGCAAUUCCAAAUGCGGUUCCAGGGGAUCGAAUUGCCAUGAAAAGGCGUGCAUCAAAGAUUGUAGAACUACAUCCAAACAUGAUCCACCACGAUAUCACGAUCCCAAAUGCAAAUCCAUUGUAAAGUGCAAUUCCACGCUGCCGACAUUGGCGAAGUACGGCUUCGUUCUCGGCGAUCCAGAGAGGCUGAACGGAAGUGCAGGCAUUGAGAAAAAACGCACGUGCAGAGAUUUCUGUACAGUAUUCGCGGAGUCAUUUGAGAAGGACUCACAUCUUGUGCAGUUAUUCAAAGCCAUUGAUAAUUUCAUGUUCACCAUCCGCUCACCGUUCCUGUGGAUGACCGUGGCGCUCUGGUCACUAUCCCUCUUCUACCUCAUCUGCGUAAUGGUUGGCAGGCUGGAUGUGCUCCACAUCAGGUCACACCUGAGGAUACCGUCAUCGCACAGGAUAACUGCUCAAUCAUUGUUGGCGGCAGCGCAAGUCGGAAGGCUUGCCAAGAUAUCGUAUCUACAACCGUAA